AUGGAACGCACCACCUCUCCGCCCACACAUUCGAAACCCGUCGACAUCUCUCCUCGAUCCCUCGCAAAGACCUCCACUCAGAUCCAGACCGUCCGAGUUCGGGGACAAAAUGGCAGCAGGAGCACCCGAGUCUCCAAGAACCACCGUUCCGAUGCCAUCCCUCCAGCCGUAGCCGCACUCCUCGCCGUUACUUCGAUACCUCCCAUGCCGAAUCGUAGACGUAAAGUUCCGGCAACGGACCGGAGGAUAUCUAUGGACGAAUUGAUCCAGGAGUGGAAACAGGACGAUUUGGACUUACCUCCUUCCGUCGUGGGCUCGCCACUCGACCUCCUGCUUGGUCGCGUGGAGGAGUUCGACGAGGACGAAUAUGGAAGCCCGAAGAGCAUGGAGCAAGAGAAGGAUUACAUGACCUCCCGGUCGAUUUCGAGCGAAUCGAUUUCUACCAUUCCCCCAUCAUUGGAUCUGGAUGCACCCUCGUUUGCUUCGAAUUGGGACAACAUCAGCACGCCCGAGUCCUAUCGAUCGGAGAGGAGGGAGAAGGUGGUGCAGUCACCGGAAACCGAAGACUGUGUGCUCGACCAUCCGCUGCUUCACUUCAACCAGGACGACUGCGACGACAUCACACGAGUGGAAAUCGCCGACAUCAUUGCAUCUGCACCUGCCUCCACGGAUCGAUUCCGGUCAUUCAAGUCGAAUCUGACUGCCUCCCUGCAGGCAUUGAAGUCGGCAGCCAAGUCGUUUUCAAACUUCACGGCACCCAGUGUCCCCCCGGAUGACCUCCUCACUCGUUCAUUACUUUCUCCCCGGUUUACCAGCGAGAUGCGACCCAAGUUAAUGGAGGGAACACCAUCCCCUGCCCUGCGACGCUAUCUCAACCCGCAGCCUUCUUCCAUCUCGCCAACGGAAUUGUCGAUGCAGCUCCACAAAUCGUUAUCGAUAGAUAUCGAUAUCGACGAAUCCACGCCCAUGAUUCAGAUGCAGACCUACGACCGACGAGGCAGGUCGGUCAACCGCAAGAAGCGAGGCACGGAUCAAUAUUCGGAGGCUGGCAGAGGGUUAUCGUCUGCUCCCGCGGUGCGUCAGCGCGAGCCGAGAGAGAACAGUGACUUCCUACGUGUUAUCGUCCUCGAAAUGAACAUGCGACGGGUCGGCAAGCUGGAUGCGAGGGCGGUUGGUAGGGCGAGGAUUUGGCUACCACCAAGGAAGCUCGAAUCUAGCAAGCAGCCACCUUCCGUACAGAGCACAAGCGGCGUACCAGACAGAUGGAUUGGACUCCAACUAGCCGAUUCCGACUGA